GAACGCACAUUCACGGAGACAUAAACAUUCAAGCCACAGAGAGACACAGAGAAUGAGUGGGGAAGGGAAAGUGGUGAGCGUGAGUGGAGCAUCUGGAUACAUAGCUUCAUGGCUGGUGAAGUUCUUGCUUCAACGAGGCUACACAGUCAAAGCUUCAGUUCGAGAGCCAAAUGAUGCAAGGAAAACUGAACACUUGCUUGUACUUGAUGGAGCUAAAGAAAGACUGCAAUUAUUCAAAGCAGAUUUAAUGGAUGAAGGGUCUUUUGAUCCUGUGGUUGAGGGAUGUGAAUGUGUUUUCCAUACAGCAUCUCCAUUUUAUUUAUCUGCAACUGAUCCCCAGGCAGAACUUAUUGAUCCUGCAUUGAAGGGAACACUUAACGUUCUUAGAUCAUGUACUAAAGUUCCUUCUAUCAAAAGAGUGGUCAUAACAUCAUCCAUGGCAGCAGUUGCAUUCAAUGGGAAACCUCUUGCUCCUGAUGUAAUAAUUGAUGAGACAUGGUUUUCGGAUCCUGAUUUUUGUGAGAAAUCAAAGUUAUGGUACAUGCUUUCAAAAACCUUAGCAGAAGAAGCUGCUUGGAAGUUUACAAAAGAGAAUGGAAUAGACAUGGUUACAAUAAAUCCAGGAUUGGUGAUUGGUCCUCUCUUACAGCCAACACUUAAUACUAGCUCAGAGUCUGUUCUGAAACUUAUAAAUGGAGCAGAAAAAUAUCCAAAUACAACAUUCAGAUGGGUUGAUGUCAGAGAUGUUGCCAAUGCACACAUUUAUGCCUUUGAGAAUUCUUCAGCUUCUGGAAGAUAUUGUUUAGUUGGGUCAGUUGUACACUCUUCUGAGACUCUGGAGAUUUUGCACAAACUUUUCCCUGAACUCAAGAUUCCUAAAGAAUGCGCAGAUGACAAGCCACCCUCGACGAAAUAUCAAGUAUCCAAAAAGAGAGCGGAGAAUCUAGGCAUCAAGUUUACUCCUCUCGACUAUUAGAGACAUCAGCAGAGGCGAUCCACUCGCCAUUGGGAGAGUAACGAGCAAUGAUUCAAGAAAUGAUAGUUAUAAGCCUUCCAAAUUUUGAUAGUAUUAGAGACAUCAGUAGAGGUGAUCCACUUGCCAUUGGGAGAGUAACGUGCAAUGGUGGCUUGAGAACCAUAAUCUCAUAGAUGGAGAUAUCAAGCGAUGAGGAUGAGAACUAACUGAUUGUUGGUGAAGAGGAUGUAAUUAGAUUUGGAAUUAUAGGAGAGGAUUGACAUUUAAAGAGGAAAUUGAGAUUUUUAAAGGAAAUGAAGAUUUGAUUGAGAAUGAAAAUGGCAUUUUUAGAGGAAUUAAUUGCUAACCAUGAUAGAGAUGAUUUACAUUUGUAGAGGAGAAAGGUGAAUAGGUGAUGAGUAAAGAUGAGUGACUGUGUAACAGGAAAAUCUGUUAAUUGAUGGACAAAAAAAUUUGUUAAAAGGCAUUUUGCUUUUAUAUUAAUUUAUCCAUUUAGUCAAGAGAUAAAUAUGAUAACGAGGGAUAAACACAUUAAUAGUAAUAAAAACUCAAAAUGAAACUAUUUAUUAUGAUAAACUCAAAGAUUUGAGCUUAACAGGGGCAGCAAGCUUUUUGGGAUGAUCCAAUCUCACAGCUUGUAGAGCAUCUUCUCUUAUCAAAUUCUUCAAGUUCAUAUUCUGUGCUUUUGUCUAUAUUUCCAGGGAAGCAAACAGAAAAAUGAAUAAUUAAAAAAAUUGCAUUGUCUAUUAUAUAAUCUAGAUGACUAUAUGACAAACAGAAUCAACAUCAUCUGACAUGUUUGUUUGUGGACCAAUCUAACAACUUCAUCAUAAUUCUACAACAAUGAUAGUUGACCAAAUUAUUACCGUCGGUUCAUAUAAGAUUUUCAUUUUAGUAAAUCUUUGAGCUGUACAAGAAAAUGGAGUUGCACAUUAGUUAAUGAGAGAAGAAGAGAAUGAAUAGAGAAGGAAAAGUAGUAUGUGUAACAGGAGGGUCAGGUUACAUAGCAUCAUGGCUGGUCAAGUUCUUGCUCCAUCAUGGAUAUACAGUGAAAGCCACUGUUCUUGAUCUAAGUUAGUAUCCAUCUCCUUCUUAUUUAUUCUGUUUUGUUUCUUUUGAUAUCAACGUGAUAAAGUCAGGAUGAUAUUUCUGUUUCUGAUUAAAA